CAGCUACCAAACAUGAUCGUCUACCUACGUACUAGCUAGGAUAGAUAGCUAACCUUAUCUAACUACUAGUAACAGCAGUACUCAGCUCAAGCGUCGAGGAAUUUUGCGAAAGUAACGUUAAAACAAAAUACAUACGAGAGCGGGUAGUAUAUUUGCCUCUAAUAUAAUGAAUAGUAUCUUCCUCUAGCUAGUAGCAUGCUAGCUAGCUUUGAAACUGUCACAGGCAAAGGAGCUAGCUAGCUAGGGCGUUCAACACAGGUGGAUUCGCAUGGUUUUCUUUAUCCAGCAAGCCAAUUUCUGAAGAAUAAAAAAGGCCCUUGCGGUUUUUGAAGAAAGAUUGCACGUAGUUGGCUAGCAUCACUGCCAUGGAUUCUUGUAUGUGUUCUUCGAAUGACGUGCCACGUACAGGAGAAACGGCUGCACCGAUCUUGGAGCUAAAACCUGUGCAUUCCCCAUCACUGGAUGGUCGUGCCGGCUGCGAGACCUGGAGCGUCGAGUUUUCUCCGGAUGGGUCGUACUUCGCAUGGUCCUUAGGAUACGGCAUCGUGAAGCUGCUUGCUUGGCCGCUGCAAGAUAUCGGGCGCCAUGCAUCUUCUCCGGACAUUGGCGUUCUGAAGAAUCCCAAAGACAAGACUUUAGACUGUGAACAGACAGUCUGGGGUUUAGCCUUUGGACCACGCCCAGCAAAGUCUGCAGGUCGGACCUAUGAUGCCAAUCAAGAAGCACUCAGUGAAAGUGUAGCUUUGCUUCUUGCGACUGGUCUUAAUAAUGGGACGAUUAAAAUAUGGGAGGUCAUAACAGGUCAUCUACUCUUCAAUCUGAGCGGACAUCAGGGUGUUGUGAGGGAUUUGGUCUUUGCUCCAAAUGGAACCCUCACCCUUGUUUCUGGAUCUCGUGACAAAACAUUGAGGAUAUGGGACUUAACCAAACCAGGGCAAGCUGCCCAUGUCCUGAGGGGCCAUACAAGCUGGGUGUACAGCUGCAGUGUUUCACCAGACUGCAGCAUGAUUGCAUCGGUCUGCAGAGGGAGCACAAAGGUCUACUUGUGGAGCCUGCGGUCAUACACUUUCAUAAGGAAUCUUGGGGACAUCCGGAUGUUCCUGGUGUCAUGUGACUUCUCACCAGAUGGAGCACUCUUGGCCACUGCAGCCUUUGCCAGCAACUGGGAGAUUGACCUGUGGGACCCCUACACCGGAGACAUUCUUGUCACACUGCAGGAGUGUUCCUAUUGUAACAUUGAAAUAAUGGACAAUCCAAUCAGAGCUGUGCGUUUCUCUACUGAAGGUUUACAUCUGGCUUUGGUCACUGAGGACAGAGCAAUGCAGAUUUGGGAAAUGGGACAGGAAAAGCCUGUGAUCGAAACUGAAGUCCGCCGCUUCUCCAAUGGGCUGUGCUGCACAUUCCACCCACAAGGGGGCAUAGUCGCCACAGGGACAAGAGAUGGACACGUGAAGUUUUGGAGAGUGCCACGUACGGUGCCUAGCCUGAGCCACUUAAGCAGGGUCGCCCUGAGGUACUUCACCUCCACCCACCAAGUGAUGGCGCUGCCCAUUCCCAGCAAACUCAAGGACAUCCUCACCUACAGGAACCUUCAAGGUCAUCAAGAAGCACGUUGCAUCUUGCAUCGCUAGUAUACUUGAACCAGGGGGUGGACAGUUGUUUAAUAGUGUCCCA